AUGAGCUUCGGCUGCAGUUUCUUCUUUGGACUCAAGGAUCUCCCACAAAACUCUCCCGCCUUUUACAGCCGGAAUCUCGAGUGGAAUUCUUUCCUUUGCACCUCCGUUCGCCCGUGCGCGUUGCACUCACUUCAGUCCCUCAGUGCGGCGCCCGGAGGUCACAGCGGCAGCGGCCGGCGAACUCGGAGCCCCGAAGCCUCUCCCUACGAGCCCCCUGCGGGCAGCCCCGGCCCCUCAGGCACGGCGCCAGCGCGCCGCGGAAUUCCGCCCCGCAGAACUACAGUACCCGGCGGGCCGCGGGGCGGGCAGCGGCGUGCCGGGUCACGCGUCCCCGCCGCGAAUGGCGAGGCGCUCCGGGCCCUCCGCUCCCCGUGCCGGCCGGGUGGUUCCGGCGUGCGCCCCCCAGCCCGGAGCGGCUGCUCCAGCCUUUCCUCGCUCCGCGUCCCCCGGCGCCGGGCGGGCCGAAGCGGCCGCGGGCACGUGACGUCGGUGGCCUCUCCGUGCGGCUCGGGGCUCCGGUCGAGCGGCAGGGCCUGCGCUGCUCGAGAGCCGAGGAUGUGCCCCGCCGUCGCCAGGAGGGCCGCGCCGCGGGCGCCCAACGUGUGCCGCCUGCUCAGCCGCAGGGCCCGCGGGUUUUACGCCCGGGACGCCGGCGUGGCCCUCCGGAAGAACAUGGGGCUUCUGAGAACCAUCCUCUGCCAGGAAAGUACUAAAUUCAAGAACGUUUGGACAACGCACUCUGCAUCUCCUAUUGCUUAUGAAAGAGGAAGAAUUUACUUAGACAACUACCGAUGCUGUAUCAGCAGCAUUGCACAAGAGCCAAGAAUACUUUAUCAAAAGCCAAAGUGUUCUAAGUCAGAAAAAAUAGAAGAUGCUUUAUUAUUGGAAUGCCCACUGGGGGAAAUGCUACCAAAUGCAUCAGACUAUAAACCUUCCCUUAUAGUCUUAACAGUGCAGAACUGGCUUCUACGUCUCUCUGCUGAUUGUGGGGAAAUACUGGAAAAAGUAUACCUUGCGGGUUCCUGCUGCAAGUUCAGGUACCUAAGUUGGGAUACACCUCAAGAAGUAAUGGUUGUGAAGUCAGCUCAGAAUAAACUCCCUGCAGCAGCACGGCAGGCAGGUAUCCAACAGUCUGUACUGUUCCAUCUUGCUGUCUUCCAAGUCUUGCCUCUGUCAUUUAUUGGAAUGCUAGAAAUAAACAAAAAGGUAUUUGGUAACAAUGUAACAGACGUUGCUAUUUCUAAUGGAAUCCUGAUUGUAAUGUAUAGCAUGGGUUUGGUCAGGCUCUAUAACUUCCAGGCUAUCUCUGAACAGUUCAUGGAGCAGCCAUUUGAUCUGGGAUGUGAAUUCAGUUGGAAUGGUGAAGUGGGAGUUGUGGGAAAGUAUCCAUUUGGUCUUCCAUGUAACAUUAAAAUAACAGAUACUCCACCUUUGCUAUUUGAAGCAUCUUCUCUGGAGAAUGCAUUUCAAAUUGGAGGUUUUCCUUGGCAUUAUAUCAUCACACCUAACAAGAAAAAGCAUAGAGGAGUCUUCUAUAUUUGUUCUCUGAAAGACAAUGCUUUGGCAAAAAAUGGCAUACAAGAUAUGAAAUGCUGUUCACUGGAACCUGAUUGGAUAUAUUUCCAUCCAGAUAUGUCGGGCAGAAUAAUCCAUGUGGGACCAAAUUUGAUAAAAGUCUUGAAACUUAAAGAAGAUGAAAGUAAUACAGACCAAAUAGAAAUUGCAGAAGACUUCAUAAUCAAGGCCAACAGAGAAAACUGUGUGAACAGCUCUGUUACUGUAACAUCUUCUGGUCGAGUGGUGAAAAAGCGUCUUAACGUGCUGGAUGAUGACCCAGAACAAGAGACAUUCAAAAUUGUAGACUAUGAAGAUGAACUGGAUUUGUUAUCCACUGUGGCAGUUACUGAAAUAGGAGCUGAUGGAAGAGCUCACCUUGAUUUACGCUGUAAUGAACGUGGGAUUCUACUUAAGAGUAUUCCAUUACUGGAAUCCUGGGAUGUGACUUACAGUCAUGAAGUUUACUUUGACAGAGAUAUUGUAUUGCAUAUAGAACAGAAGCCUAACAGGAGGUUCAGUUGUUAUGUUUACCAAAUGGUCUGUGAUACUGCAGAAGAAGAUGAAUGUUCAAGACAUGAAAGAACAGAAAGAGUGUCUUGUAAAAAAGGAGGGAGAAUUUUUGAGUAUACUUAAGACAUAACAAGUACAGAGACUUCAAUUUUGAUGUUAUUUAAGGACUUCCUCUGUAUUAAGUAGUCAACUACUGUUUUCCAGCCAGUGUUUAACAUUUUGUACCAUUAUACGAAGUUUUAUUUUUUAUUUUUUUCUCUAAUAUUGUACUCUUGUCUGUAGUCCGUAAUGGUUUUUCAUGCAUUCACCAGUUCUUUAAUGCUGAAUGCAGCAUUUCUUGGUUCUAUUCAGCAACUGCAUUGAAAUACUGAACAUCAAGGAGAAAGACGUAGACUUCUUGAUCAUCUGCUGCAUUCUAUCUUAUGUAGUUUUAGCUAUGCAACUUUAAUACAGGCUGUUAACUAAAAAAAUGUGAAAGGCUGUAUAGAAAAGAAUUUCUAUGUAGGACAAAAACUGCAGUUAUCGUUACACAAAACCGACAAGAGGAUUUUUUCUGAUACACAAAACCAUUUGGGUUUUUGAGGGUUUAACCAAUUUUCUAGUUGUGUUUGUUUUGGUUUGAAGAAGAGUAUUAAUAAAUUAUGUAUAUUUACUGCCUU